UUACUUCUCACAAAUUAAAGUGAAUUUGUUUGCGACAAACUUAUAUUCAGAUAAAAUACAAAUAAUAAUUUAUCUGGUAAGAUUCCAAAUAUUAUAUAUAUGUAAUUUAAAUUUAUUUUUUUAUCAUAUAUAAUUCAUAGCUUCAAAUUUUAGAGGUUAGCCACGUACGUGAAUUAGGAAUCAAGCAAAAGAAAUCCACCAACUGCUGCUCUCUUGCAGCAACAAACACGGCGUGUUGGUCCGUAACGGAGGUGGUGGAACAGAACACCCUCCCGAAUCCGUACAUUCUCUCUUUCUCUCUCUCUCUCUCUCUCUCUCUCUCUGCUCGCUUCUUCAUCCUCCCUCUUCAUUCACUGGCCAUCGCCCAAAGUCCUCGUCUUGGAGGAAUAUCGUCGUGGUUUUCUGGACGAUUUCCCUCCGACCACCGGUUUUCGGCUAGGUGUGCUCUCUGAUUUCGCUGCUUCCGUCCGUCCUUUUCUUUUUUAUUUGGUGCAUUUUAAUGCGCGAUCUCGGCGAAAAGAUCGAUCUCUCCGGUGCUUUUCCUCCAUUUCUGGUGUAGAGUGGUCAGAUCAGAAUGGGAGGAUUGCGUGGAUGCAGAAAUAGGUAGCAAAACUGUUUAUUUUUCCAAGAAAUCGUUCUAUGUUCGAGUUUUUGUUCUUCCUGUUAACUAAUCAGUUCCUGGCGAGUUUCAUGCGUUCUUUGAGCUGUUUUGAGGAACGGAGUUGAGAGAAAUUUUAGAUUUGGGAAGCAUUUCCGCACCAUCAGAGAAUUGGAGGUGUUCCCGUUGUAGAGUCUAAAGGCUGCGGAGCAUCUUGGAGAUAGCAACACAACAGUUGAUCUAUCAAGUGGUGAGUAAAAGUAUGAGAAAGAAUGGGAGCCUUCAUCUAGGGAGAGCAUUUAGUGACAGAAGAUGGCUUAUUCCAUUCUUUGCAAGCUUGCUGGUCUCUUUCACUCUCUUCAUGGCAAAUGUUCUUGGGCUAUUUGCCACUCACAAUCCUUGGGAUUCAUUGUCCUUCGAUGUUAGUUUAGAUGUUUCUGAGGGUUAUAACAUAGAGCCAGAAAGGAAAGAGCCAAUGGACCAGACAGUAGCAUCGGAAAAUGAAGCUCCACGGAUAGCUUAUCUGUUAACUGGCACAAAAGGUGACAGCCAAAGAAUGAGGAGAACUCUGCAAGCAAUAUAUCAUCCACGAAAUCAAUAUAUUCUGCACUUGGACCUUGAGGCUCCUCCCAGGGAAAGGAUAGACUUGGCCAUGUAUGUCAAGGGCGAUCCUUUGUUUAGUGAGGUUGAGAAUGUACGUGUAAUUGCCAAAGCCAACUUGGUGACAUACAAGGGCCCAACAAUGAUUGCGUGCACCCUUCAUGCGAUUGCCAUCCUGUUGAAGGAGAGGUUAAGAUGGGACUGGUUUAUAAAUCUGAGUGCAUCGGAUUAUCCUCUUAUGACACAAGAUGAUAUACUACAUGUUCUAUCUUCUUUGCCUAGAAACCUCAACUUCAUUGAGCACUCACCUAUUGCUGGUUGGAAACUGACUCAGAGGGCAAGACCAAUAAUUGUUGAUCCAGGUCUUUAUUUGUCCAAAAAAUUCAACGUUUUUGAAACCAAAGAACGCCGUGAACUGCCAACCUCUUUCAAAUUGUACACUGGUUCAGCAUGGGUGAUGCUGACUCGGAACUUCCUUGAGUACUGCAUAUGGGGUUGGGAAAACCUUCCUCGAGUUCUCCUGAUGUAUUAUGUAAAUUUUAUCUCCUCACCUGAAGGUUACUUCCACACUGUCAUCUGCAAUUCUGAUCAGUUCAAGAACAGUUCGAUAAGCCACGACCUACAUUAUAUUGCCUGGGACAAACCUCCAAAGCAACAUCCACGAUACCUUUCCACCAAAGACUUCAACAAAAUGGUAAAAAGUGGUAUGCCCUUUGCUCGGAAGUUUGGAAAAGGAGAUUCAGUUUUGGACAAAAUAGACCGUGAACUCUUGGGGCGAUCCGAUGGGCAAUUCACCCCAGGUGGGUGGUGCAGUCAGAGAUCAGAUGGGGCAGAACAAUGCUCAUCAAGGGGUGACGAGUCCAAGUUUCUGCCAGGUCUGGGUGCUGAAAGGUUAGAGCAAUUGAUGAAAAAGCUUAUGUCCCAGGAUUUCCGAAACGGGAGUUGUUCCUCAUUGCAGUAUGAUCAAACUAAGAGAGAUUGGAUUCAUAGAAAUGCAGCUUAACAAGAGCAAACCCACAAUUCUUGGUUCUUUGCACUAUAUACUUCAUGAUAUCUCUGAGAUGUCACAUAUGGCAUAGCAUGAGAGAGUCAUACCUGCAUCAUUGUUCUGGAAGGACUAUCAUCAAGCAUUUGGAUCAACAUAGCUUUGACUUCCUAAUCUAUGGAUGUUGCAGAAGUCAAUUGAGUGUCUCAAUGAGUUGGAGAGAGAAAUGCAUACCGAUAUCACAUAUAUUGAAAUCAAAGCUUGGGGCCAAGCUAAAGAGAAGUGAAAGCUAAUGCAUUAUGGCUCCUAGUUUGUACUUUUAGAUGAACAAAUUGUAUCUGACAUUGAAAGACUAGAAUUUUUUUUCCUUGAA